AUAUAAGUGAACGCGCGAGUUUUCGUUACUCGAGUUUCCAUUGAAUCCAGAAUAUGUGGACAUUAAGGACAGCUUGCCUCUUAAUCACCUUGACGAUGGUGGCGUCUCAAAAGUACUUCCACAGACCCGUAAACGAUCUCUCUACUGGAGAAAGAUUUCUUAGCGACUUGCACGUGGUUACACGCGAAGCGCAGGAAUCUGCAUUGUUGCAAAAGAAGACUAUGGUAGAUGCCAUGACGGCGGUGUCCAAAGCGACGUUCGGUGUCCUCGAGGACCUGAAGAGAUCUAACAGUGGAAUAGUGAGCACGUUGGUAGACAUUGAAAUGGCGAAAUUGGAGGCAAUCAAAGCGACAAAGCGCGUCUUGCUGAACAUGUUAGCCAGCCAAAUCGCGUCCCUGAUGGAGGAAAUCAGUAACGAGGACAUCAUUGAAUUAGUACAAUCACCACCCUUCAAUUACUUGGUGGACCUACUAUUGCCUCUUCUAUCCGGCAGUUCCAAAAUGAUGGAUACAGUGAAUAUUAAUAGCAUUCGAGCGCAACAAAAUCCGGAAACAGCUGCAACACGUGAAUAUUCAUCGAGAGAUUCUACGUCGUCGAUGCAACAUCCUUCUUCUACGACCUCGUUUCCAUUGUCUCGCGAAUCGCCAUCCUUGCAAUCUGUGAAAAACGUUUCGAAAUUAUAGCAUUCCUUUUUUAAUUCAAUUUAGGUGCUAAUUUGAAGUUUUAGCUAGUGUUUAAGUUGACGAUAACAGAGAAGUUAUAGGACAAAGGGUUAAUCCACUUUCUAAAUGUUAUAUAUGACCUUUUUUUUAAUUUAAAUAGAAGGUAUUCUCAAUUCAAAGUCAAUUAACUACUCAAGGCCACCAAGAAAUGAUCUCACCAUGUUCCAUAUCCCUAUUCAGUAGUCUCCAAAAUAUCUUCCAUUCAAUUUCAAAAUAAAAAGAAUCUCCUUUAUGAUGUUAUUCU